AUGAAUUUCUUGGCUCUUCUUCUCGUCGUCAUCUGCUCGAUCGCAAUGGUUGAAGCUCUCGAUUCGAGAACGAUAAGAUUCAAACAGCACCGAAAAAUUUCAUCGAGACCGCACUACAACAUCCGCAAAUCUUACUCAGGAAGCAUGAGAUGCCAUGAAGAAUCCGACUGUCCCGACGAUCGAAUCUGCGAUGACGGAUUCUGUUUGAAUGUCGAUCAGCUCUUCGAGAAAUACGACAAUUCUAAUGAAUACUAG